GGAACAGGAUCAGUAACUGGAGUUCCUUUCUCCAUGUACCUUUCUUCUGCUGAACAAAGUCCAUUCCAAAUUGGGAAAGAGAUUGCCAUUAGUUAUGGUAAUAAAGGAAAUGAGGAGCUACUCUACCUUUACGGAUUUGUCAUAAAGAAUAAUCCAGAUGAUUAUCUCAUGGUGCAUUAUCCAAUGGAGGCACUUAGGAGCAUCCCCUCUUCCGACUCCAAAAUGCAGCUUUUGGAAGCUCAGAAAGCUGAAUUGCGGUGUCUUUUACCUAAAAGAUUGCUGGAUCAUGGGUUUUUUCCGGGAAAUAAUGCUAAGAAUGAAAAUAAUGAUGAGGAAAAAAUGGCUAAAUUUUGCAACUUCAGUUGGAGUGGUCAGCGCAGGACACCAUCUUACCUAAAUAAGCUUGUUUUCCCUGAAGAUUUUCUUACUGCAUUGAGGACUAUAGCUUUCCAAGAAGAUGAGCUCUUUAAAGUUUCAUCUUUGCUUGAAGAGUUUGUUGGACCUGGAGGGGAGAGACAACCAUCAGAGACAGAAGUAAGAGCAGCAGUAUGGGAGGCUUGUGGGGAUUCUGGAGCUUUGCAGUUGCUUGUGGAUCUUCUUAAUGCAAAAAUGAUGGAUCUUGAAGAGAAUUCAGGACCUGAGGACUCUGAUUCUGAACUGCUUGAGAAGGCAUGCAUCACGGAAAACUUGUCACAGCAAGCUUGCAUAAGAUAUGAAGGUUUUCAUCAUAUGUCAGCUGAGAGUUGCUCGGACAAAUGGAAUAUUUCUUUAGUAAUUCUAGAUUCCCUCAACUCCAUUCUGCUUUGUCAUGGCAGAGAGGCAAAUGGCUCGACCCAACUUGAAUUGAUGAGUAGAAACAGGUGGUCUUCUAUAGUUUAUCGGCAAGGACAGAAGCAACUAACCCGCUUAUUCUUGAAGGAAGCAGAGCAUGCUUUGCAGUUGGCACUUAGUGAAGGUAACUGAAAAUGCAAUAUGUUAGGAACCCCUGCGUCCGUUUAGAAAGCUGAAUAUUGAUGCCUCAAAUGUCUUCUUUGAGCUUCACCGUCCCUUCCUCUGGUCUUGCCUGGUAGAUAAUUUUAACUCUAAAGAAUGAUUGGCGGGUUCCUGGUUUUAGUUUUUAACCUGAACUACCUUUAUAUUCUCCCUUACAAGUUUGAGAUUAAUUUUGAACACUAACAUGGUUUGCGUGUUUCAUAAA